AAAGCUAUAUUUAUAUAGCACCUUUUUGAAACAGAGAUCCAAAGUGCUUUACAAACAAGACAUAUACAUAAGGGUAUAACCAUAACCAAUCAAACAAGCAUAGGGAGCAUGUAAAUACAAACAAAGGAAGAUAAGACAAGAGAGAAGUGUAACUGGGGGAAAGGUCAUGAAGUGCCUUAUAUGUAAUAAGUAAGAUCUUAUUGUUGAUUCUAAAUUCUACCGGAAGCCAAUGAAGGGAUGUGAGAACAGGAGUAAUGUGGGACCGACGGCUGGUUCUGGUUAAAAGUGUGGCGGCUGCAUUUUGGACUAACUGUAAACGAUUUAACGAAGCUUGACUGAGGCACGUUUAGAGAGAGUUACAGUUAUCUAGACGGGAGGAAAUGAACAGUAGAAACCACAGCGACCCAGCUUCCUCUUUACCCACAAGUCUUAACCAAAAACACAAUGAAACACGUCUUUUUGUUGAUUCUCUUGUGUCACGUUUCAUCAGCAGUGAAACACUCCCUGAAGUUUAUCUUCACUGGAUCUUCUGGAGUCCCAAACUUCCCAGAGUUUGUGGCUGCUGGAGUGGUUGAUGAUAUUCUGUCCGGUUACUGCGACAGCAACAAAAAGAUAGUAGAACCAAAACAGGACUGGGUGAAAAAAUUAUUUGAAGAUGAUCCUCAGCACUUCGAGUUGUACACUACAGAGUGUUCAGAGAAGCCACUCUUCUUCAAAGCCAGAAUUAAUAAUUUGAAGCAGCGCUUCAACCAAAGUGGAGGUGUCCAUGUUUUACAGAGGAUGAGUGGAUGUGAGUGGGAUGAUGAGACUGGAGAGGUUAAUGGCUUUAAUAAGUAUGGUUAUGAUGGAGAAGACUUCAUAUCUUUUGACCUGAAGACAUUGACAUGGAUCAAUCUGAAACCUCAGGCUGUCACCACCAAACUGAGAUGGGAUACUGACAAAGCUAGAAUAAAAUACAAUGAGAAUUACCUCACUGAGAUUUUCCCUGAGUGGUUGAAGAAGUAUGUGGCCUAUGGAAACAGCUCUCUGCAGAGAAAAGGUAGAAUCACAUGACCUGAUUUAGUUUCAUGAACUCAACAAUGUUCCUAUAAUCUGCUCAGACUGAACUGCCAUUGUAUGAUCACAUCAAUCAGUGUGACAUUACCUUAUGACAGUUUUCUGUGCAGUAAGAUUUGAUUUAGUCCUAACCAGUCAGUAGAGACAUUUUUGGGUGCUCUGAGGUUACUUUCAAUUAAAGCUGAUACUGUGACAGUCAGUGUUUUAGUAUGACUUAAAUCAGUUUACAGAGUUUCAGUGUUUCAAAAUAGAAAUAGUUCCACUGAAUAUUGACACUGUGUUUGAGUACUUUGCUGCCACAUUCUCUCUCUCUCU